GGAAGCGGUUCCUACAGGAACAUUAAUCAAUACCAAAAUGCUACAGCAUUCUACACCUUUUAUGCUGAUAUGGUCACCCAAUACUAUAGCGAUGCAUCCUGCACCGAACCCACAUACACUGAAGUGAGACAUUUUACCUAUGAUAAAGCGAUUUGCCUAGGAGAGAUCAAGUCAAUAAGUGUGCGAAUUGAGAACGCGAAUGACGCUCACAUGCAAUCUAUCGUGAAGGAGUGUGGAUCGAAGCUCACUCGGGACUUCGUGGAUAUCUCAACUCUCUCAUGCACGGUCGCUGGUUCACAUCCGUUUGCCGAUGAACUGAAGACGGUUGGAAGUUCGCUGUAUCGCUGCAUUGAUUUCCAGAACGGCCAGCCCGUUUUAAAUGACAUGAAGGCCGAUGCUAAGUGCACGUCGGAAUUUAAUAUGGGAAUGUCGUGGCUGUCUGGAACCGUAAUUGCAGUCGUCGUGGUGUUCAUUGUGCUCAUCAUUGUUUCGAUUGUGGCCAUUCUCUAUGUGUUUAUCAAGCCUGGACAGAAGAGAGAGGAAAAGAAGAACAACGCGGAGCAGUUCGCCGUAUAAAGAGAGGAGAUGCUGUUUGACU